AUGGACGUCGCGGACUUCCAGGCGGCCUCGCCGAUUGAACUGGACAUCGCCGCGCUCAAGCGGGCGGUGGAAAUGUCUCCGUCUCCUCCAGCGAAGAAGCCGAAUCUCUCGUGGAAGCGUCGGAAGGACGAGCUGCUCAAAUUACGGUCCGAGUCUGAGGCGCUGCAGACUCGGUUGAUGUUUCUCAAGCUGCGCAAGACCCACGCGAUGCUGCUCCGAGCUGGCGUGGGGCUUUCAGACGAGCAAAGACACUGGAAGAACGCGGCGGAGAGCGAGAAGCGAAAGUACCAGUCAUCCAAAGACGAGAACACGCAGCUGAAAGACCAACUUCAUCGCUGUUUCAAGGCUUGCCGCGACCUCCACACCGUCGUGUCUGUAGCUGGAGUCAAGCAGCGUGAUCUCGUUGUGGCCAACCCGUUUGCGGCUCGAGUGCUUCGAGCCGAGCUGAGGAACGGACACUUGUUGCAGCCGAGCUCAGCGGUGCUUAUCAACCUGGAAACCCGAUUGAACGCGCGGCACUCGGAGCUGGAAUACCUCUUCCACCACGCCCGGGAAUCCAUCUUGGGUCCUGACGGCGACCAGGUCACCGUCCUCCGCGAAGGAGUCGACGGGACUUCACCUGCUGUGGAGUUCCGACGCAACCAAUCCAUGCCUUUCGACGCCACCCAGGCCUUCCGUGCUAUCUGGAAGGUCAUGCACAUGGGGGUCAUUCCAGAGGAUCAGACUGUCAGCGUCAUUCAGCGCACCAAGGACACGCUGGUAUCUCAAGGGCACGAUAUGCGGGAGCUCCCCGACGGAGGCUCAGUCAAUGUGCGAGUCACCGCGUGGACGCACAUGACUCACGACUCGGGCUGGGCGCUGGUGCAUCCGAACGUCCUGCGGCCAGGCACAUGCCAGUUCCAAUUGUCACUUCGACUGCGGACGCACGCAGCUCCGAGCGAGCAGAACGGGCCCACACUGCUCACCCCCGUGGUCAGCAACGUGGUGAUCCCGUCGUUCCGCGAGAUGCUGCGCGCCCGCCACCAGCUAGUGGAGAACGCGCUGCUGGACGCGUCCAUGGGCGGCAGUGUACAGGUAGAGCAGAGGUAG